UUGGUCUUUAUAAAUCGCUCAUUGUCCUUCUUUCUUCUUCCCCCAUUCAUAAAAUUCACACUUUUUUCUACAGACUUCAAAAUUUUCGUAAUUUUUUGAAAUGGGUAACAGUUUAAGAUGCUGUUUAGCUUGUGUUCUUCCUUGUGGAGCUUUAGAUUUGAUCCGAAUCGUCCAUUUGAACGGCCACGUCGAAGAAAUUGCUCAUCCGAUCACCGCCGGCGACGUUCUAAAAGCCAACCCAAAUCACGUUCUUAGUAAGCCUUCUUCACAAGGAGUUGUUCGCCGGAUUCUGAUCCUCUCGCCGGAAUCGGAGCUCAAAAGGGGAAGUAUUUAUUUCUUGAUUCCGGCGACUUCUCUGCCGGAGAAGAAACGAAACGCCGGAACUACCCUUAAAACUCCGUCAAGAAAAGUCAAACAUUGCACCGUCGCCGCCGUGUCCGCCGCCGCAGACGGUGAUUCUUACCUCUCCGAUGUUGUCUCCGACAAGAAACCGUCCCGACGGGAGCGCCGCGGCAGCCGAGUGGUCGUAUGGCGGCCCCAUUUAGAGAGCAUUUCUGAAGACUAAAAAAAUUUAUACUUUACAUAUAAAAAUUAUAUUUUUGCCGGCGCCGGAAUCUGAAUUUCCGGCCGGGAUGAAAAAAACGAAUCGGAGCGGUAAUCUGGGUUUUUUUUUUUUUCUGGGGGGUAAGUUUGUUAUUAAUCAUCCAGUUUUUUUUUCCGAGUUGUGAAAUCUUGAAACGAAAAAGAGAAGACUCGGAUUUUUUACCAUUCGUUUUGAAGCGGUAAAAAAAAGGAUCUGUUUAAGUUUCUCAUGGAAAUUUGAGAAAAAAGCCAUGAGAUUUGAGAAGAAAUGUUGGGAUUUUGUAUUUACAGUGUCUUUUUAAGUUGUAAAGUGAAUAUAUAGUUUUUUUUUCCUAUUUA